GUUAUGUGUCAGUUACAUAUGAAAAGAAGUCAGUGUCAAUGUGUCAAUUUUGUAAAUAGUGAAGUGCUUAGAAGUGCAACCAUCGAGUGCAAAGAUGCUGUAGCAACAUAUUAAUCCUGUUUUGUUUGUUUUUGAAAUUUACUAGUUUUUACUUUGUUAUGCAUGUGACGUUAAUUACAGCAUUUUGUUAAUUGAUAUCUAUAUUUAAAAAUCAAUUAAUAUGCCACCGAAACGUAAAGACAGAGACGCGGAGCCGUCGAAAAACCCGCGAAUGGAUCACAUUCAGGCGGAUCAUGAAUUGUUUUUGCAAGCUUUUGAAAAGCCUACACAAAUUUAUCGUUACUUAAGAACAAGAAACAUUGUUUGUCCUAUUUUUAUCAAUCGGACAUUACUGUAUAUGAAGCAGCGCAUGUCCAGAAAUCACAAAGCACGCAGAACUUUUAAAGUUGAUAUGAUGCUUGAACAAGUGCUGGAAAAAAAUAAAGGCGAUUUGCCUUGUCGUCUUAGCUUAGGAGGUUAUAUGACAUUAACCUUCCUUGGAUUUUAUGAUAAAACUCUUGAUGAGCAAUUCGAAUCUGUUAAAGUUGAGAUUUCUUUACUUAAAAUUAGUCACAAGAAGAGGAAGGAUAGCACUUCAACUCUUAUGCAGAGCUUGAUUGGUUCUAACGAAGUAGUCCUUAAUCCUUGUGAUACAAACCCUCCCACACAAGUAACGGCUUUGAGUAUUCCAUCAGAAUCAUUUAAGCCUAAUGGAGGACCAUUAUCGAAAUCUUAUAUGCUACUAUUGCAUGUUCAGUGUCCUAACUUUGCGGCUAGCCAAACAGAUGAACCAAUAAUAAAGAAAAUGAAAACCAGUAAAAUUUAUGGAUCAACUCUGAUUGUUUAUGAUAAACAUGGUCGUUGUCUACUCACUGAAGGAGAAUAUGAAAUACGCCUUCAAGAAAUAGCAUGCAAUGUGAAAACAACAUCACCUAAGAAGUUAUCAAACUGGGAAACAAUAUCAGAGAUUCCAGAAAAAGCAAAACAUGAAUCAAAAUCCAAACCUUUUGAAAUUUUCCAACACAGUCCAACAUUGAAAUUUAAGUUGUGUUGGACACAAGAGCCAAGUCCACCGACUGUUGAAAGACCAAUGCCAUAUACAAAGUCAAAUGAUAACAUCGAAGCAAACAAAGAGAAUAGAAAUAUUUGCAAUAAUAAUAAUUCAAUUGUAACAGAAAAUGAUAAGCUAGUAAAACGUGAAAGCAAAGUACAAGUUCUAUAUCAAUUUUUAUAUAACAAUAAUUUGAGACAGCAAACUGAAUCCUGUAUUGAUUUUCUUUGUCCUUGGUGCAGUCUGAAUUGCGGAUUAUUAUAUUCGCUACUGAAACAUUUGAAACUGUGCCAUGCUAGAUUUACCUUUACAUAUGUGCCAUUAACACAAUGUGCUAGAAUAGAUGUAGCUAUAAACGAGUUGUAUGAUGGUUCUUAUGUUGGGGCACCUCAAGAUUUGCUAGGCCCUUCUGGAUUUGCAUUUUCAAGGAAUGGACCGACUCGAAGAACUAUUGUUACACAUAUAUUAGUUUGCCGACCAAGAAGAAGUAAACCCAGUUUAUCAGAAUUCUUGGAAUUGGAUGAAAAUGAAUGCGACAGCCAAAGACCUUACAUUACAGGUCACAAUCGUCUGUAUCAUCAUACAAUAACAUGCCUACCGAUUCAGCCUAAAGAACUAGAUGUUGAUUCAGAAGGAGAAAGUGAUCCUUUGUGGUUAAGGCAAAAGACAAUGAUGAUGAUAGACGAAUUCACAGAUGUUAAUGAAGGUGAAAAGGAGCUUAUGAAAAUGUGGAAUUUGCAUGUUAUGAAAUACGGGUAUGUGGGAGACUGCCAAAUACCUUUAGCCUGUGCUAUGUUCAUUCAAAUGCGCGGAAGAGAACUUCUAGAAAAAAAUUUAUAUAAAAAUUUUGUAUUACAUAUGUGUUCUCUGCACGAUUUUGGUCUGGUCUCACCCGAGAUACUGUAUCAAACAAUACAAAGACUUCAAGAUUUAAUCAAAGAAUCUGGUGAUAUUCAAAAAUCACUACAAGAAUCUCGCGAUCAGCAAAUGGAAUACUGGUUGAAACAUGGCAUUCACAAACCUCAACCAGAAACAAAGCCCAAUUUUUCAGGCACAAACAAUAAAACAAACUUAGAUUCACCAAUGACUCGCAGGAAAAUGACUACGCCUAGCCAUAGCAGGAGUGGUUUUAUGAAUGAAAAUUCAGUUAGUCAACGCAGAAAAAUGCCUAAUCAGAAAAUGAGUAAUAUUAUUAAUGGUUCCGAUACGCCGUUGAGGAGAAACCCGCCAGGAGCUAUGCUGAGUCAGAGAAGACGCUCAGAGGUGAAUUUGAGAAAUACCCAAAGUGAGGCUGUGCAAAGAAAACGAAUGUCUUUAGCGCCAAAACUUGAAGCGAGGGGUUAAUUUCGAAGCCUUUUAUUUUAUA